UCCUCCUUAAUGGAUGAUGCAAUUCUCUAGCGACCCGAGUCGCUGCGCUCGCCGAUAUAACCUACAAAGAUUGCGGUGUAGUGCAGAAAACGAUAAAAGAAAAAGCUUAAAAGUAAAGAAGAGCAUAAUUUUGAUAACAUUUCCCAAAAUUGCUUUGAUUUGUUGAAUACGAAAUGUUAUUUGCAAUCGAGAGAUACACGAUUUGUGCGAGUGCGCGUUAUUUGCGGCGAUGUUUCACAAACAGCGUUGACACUUCGGCAAACGAGUUUCCGCGAAACUUUGCUCAACAAUCCAACGAGAGUCUUACGUCGAUACGUCCUGAAGCCCAAAAAUCUUUAAGGAUCGCUUUUCUGGGCGCACCGAAUACCGGAAAAAGCACCCUCGUUAAUCAACUUGUUAAAAGAUCGGUAUGUCCGGUAUUCUGCAAGGUGCACACCACACAGACCAAAGCACGUGGAAUUUAUUGCGAAGGCGAUACCCAGCUUGUAUUCAUGGAUACGCCUGGUAUGGUUACCACGAAAGAAUGCAAAAAGUUCAAGUUAGCCGGCAGCUUCAAGACGGAUUCGAGAACCUCCUUAAACAUCGCAGAUAUUAUAGGGAUUGUGCAGGACGCAGAGAACAUAUACACCAGACACAAGAUCAAUUCGAACUUAUUAGAGCUCCUGACUGAGGACAUAAGAAGCAGGAUUCCUAUAAUUCUGGUCAUCAACAAAAUGGACAAGCUGAAGAAAAAGGAUAUAUUGCUGGACUUUGUGCAUACUUUGACCAAGAGCAAGAAGUCUCCUGACUUCUGUGACGUAUUCAUGAUAUCCGCUUUGACCAGGGAUGGCAUUAACGACUUGAGGACUUACUUGUUAGACUCGGCUAAACCGCGUGCCUGGGAGUACGAAGGACAUGUGUACAGCGAUAGUACGUGCGAGGAUAUAAUACGGCAGACAGUGCGAGCGAAGCUGCUAGACAUUCUACCGAAUGAGGUUCCCUAUCGUUUGCAGAUGGAACUGGAACACUUUGAUCCAGCACCCGAUGACAGUAUCAAUACAUUGGUGUCUAUUACGCGUCCCACCAAUUGCAUCGCUAGACUAUUAACGCGCGGCAGUAACAAUAGAGUAGGUCAGAUCGCCGUUAUGGCAGAGCGGGAACUGCGGCAUGCUUUCCGCACAUCGGUGAGAUUGAAGCUGAGCGUGCUGUCGCCGACGUAACUCAUAUUUAUUAUUUGUAAAAUAAAGUUUUAUGUUAAUAAUAUAA